AUGACUGACUCGGAAAAAGUUAAUGCCAUAACUAGUAUUACAAGUGUUGGAAGUCACUUGGCCCUUGAAGAUCAUGAAAUUGAUUUGAGAGCUAUUGCCUCUAAUCCUAUUUCAAUAGGAGAUGUGGGAACGACUUUGACUAGUGACCAAAAAUGGUUUAUUUUAAGACGUUUACAUUUCAAUCACUUGUUAUCUUUAGAAAACUUGCCAAUUCAAGCAACGUUUAUGAUUGAAAAAAUUGAGGCUUUAAAUUUUGAAGAAGCAAUCCAAAUCUUGAAAGAAGCACUCAUUGAACAUGAAGAUGAUAUUAACAUUCCAACACCUGAUUUGGAUUUGUUAGAGAAUUUGGUUUCUUUAGCAAGUACUUCAAGUUUACCUUCUACUGAUAUUAAAGAAAAGUUGUCUUAUUCGAUUAAGGAAGAGAAAAAGGAUGCUUCUACUUCUUCAUUUGACAGCCCAAUUCAAGAAACAAAAUAUGAUGGUGAUUAUCAUGAAAUAGUUGAUUUGGAUUUGCAAACUAGAUUAGAAGCAGCUUUGAUUGCCUAUCAUUCCCCUUAUCCUGAAGUUAGAUCUGUUACUGAUCCAUACGAUGAUCCUUCUAUUCCAGUUGAAACUGUUAGAGUCUAUAUUGCAGGUAUUAUUUGGACUUGUGCUGGUGCUUUUAUAAAUCAAUUCUUUUCAGAAAGACAACCAAGUAUCUCUCUUCCUGCUUCUGUUGUUCAAAUCCUUCUUUAUCCAACUGGUAUUUUAUUAGCCAAGAUCUUGCCAAAAUGGAAAUUUACCGUCUGGAAAUAUACUGUUGAUUUAAAUCCUGGCCCAUGGUCCCAUAAGGAACAGUUUUUAGCUACUUUGUUUUAUUCUGUGUCUGGGGGUGUUAGUUACGUAUCAUAUAAUAUCCAUGUUCAAAAAAUGUCUGUAUUUUAUGAUAAUACAUGGGUUGAUUUUGGUUAUGAAACAUUAUUAAUUUUAUCCAACAAUUUCUUAGGUUUUGGUUUAGCUGGUGUUAUGAGAAAAUUUGCAGUAUAUCCAGUAGAAGCCAUUUGGCCUACAUUAUUACCUACCAUUGCUUUAAACAAAGCUUUGAUGCAACCAGAAAAGAGAGAGAAUAUUAACGGUUGGACUAUUUCCAAAUAUUAUUUUUUCUUUAUCAGUUUUGCAGCUAUGUUUAUAUAUUUCUGGAUUCCAAACUACCUUUUCCAAGCAAUUUCAUAUUUUAAUUGGAUGACCUGGAUCGCCCCAGAUAAUUUCAAUCUUGCUAUGAUUACAGGUAGUAUUAGUGGUUUGGGUUUAAAUCCAAUUGCAUCAUUUGAUUGGAAUGUAUUUGAUAAUAACUCUGGUAUGAUAGUGCCAUUAUACAAUCAAAUCAACUUCUUUGUUGGUGCCGGAAUUGCGUUUUUCUGUAUUGUUGCUGUUUACUGGUCAAAUUAUAAAUGGACUGGAUAUUUACCACUUAAUUCAAAUGGUUUAUUUACCAAUACUGGUGAGCCAUAUUCUGUUACAGCCAUUUUGAAUGAAAAUGGAUUACUUGACGAAGCAAAGUAUCAACAAAUUGGUCCACCAUUCUAUAGUGCAGCCAAUUUGGUACUUUAUGCUACUGUGAAAGCCCUUAAAGGUGUAUAUUCUGGAAUUGUGAAUUACAGAAAGUCUACUUUUGAAGGCUUUACUGAUCCUCAUACCACUAUGAUGACAGCCUAUCCAGAAGUUCCUGAUUGGGCAUUCAUAGUUAUUUUAAUUAUUUCACUUGUUUUAGCUAUUAUUUGUGUUGAGAUCUAUCCUGCUGAAACACCUGUCUGGGGUCUCUUCUUCGCCCUUGGUAUUAAUUUCAUAUUUUUAAUUCCAAUCACUGCUGUCUAUGCCAGAACUGGUUUCUCUUUUGGUCUUAAUGUUUUAGUCGAAUUAAUUGUUGGUUACGCUCUUCCAGGUAAUGGUUUAGCUUUGAACUUCAUCAAAGCAUUUGGUUAUAAUAUUGAUGGGCAAGCUCAAAAUUAUAUUACUGAUCAAAAGAUGGCUCAUUAUGUUAAGAUUCCUCCAAGAGCUUUAUUCAGAGCACAGAUUAUUUCGGUUUUCAUAACAUCUUUUGUACAAUUAGGAGUUCUUAAUUUUGCUAUUUCAAGUAUCAAGAAUUAUUGUGAUCCUCAUAACACGCAAAAAUUUACUUGCCCAGGGGCAAGAACAUUUUACAGUGCUUCGAUCUUGUGGGGUGUCAUUGGACCAAAGAGAGUCUUCAACGGAUUAUAUCCAAUUUUGCAAUAUUGUUUCCUAAUUGGUUUCUUGUUAGCAAUUCCAUGUCUUAUUUUCAAAAAAUUCGGGCCAAAAAAGCUUACGAAGUACUUCGAACCAACACUUGUUAUUGGUGGAUUCCUUAUUUAUGCUCCUUAUAAUUUAACAUAUUAUUGGGGUAGUCUUUACUUAUCCAUUGGUUUUAUGUGGUAUGCUAAGAAUAGGUAUCCAGCUUGGUGGCAGAAGUAUAAUUAUAUUUUGAUUUCUGGUGUUCAUGCAGGUAUUGCUUUCUCUGGACUUAUCCAAUUCUUUGCUGUUCAGUAUAAGGAGGUUGAUAUAAACUGGUGGGGUAAUAUCGUUUCAUUUUCGGGUAUUGAUGCUGGAUAUGGUCGUCAAUUUGUUGUUGAUCCAGCUACUGCUCCAGAUGGUUACUUUGGUCCAAGAAUUGGUCACUUCCCAUGA